AUGGCCAGCCAGUCACUGGCCGGAGUAUGCAAACUCCAGCUGGCCGGACCUUAUGCCUACAAAAUGUAUAAUACAGCUGGCCGGAGUAGAAUCAAGCUUGCCAGGAACUGCAUGGGUAUGGGUAACCCGCAGCGGGUCACGGGUACGGGUACUGCCGGGUAUGGUCGCAGUGUAGCCAUUCUAUGCUUGGGUACAUUCACAGCGCGCGCACGCGGCGCAUGUAGAGUCGACUCUAGAUGGGGAGUUAGUGGUAUUAGGGCUGCAAAGUCGUUCGCUGCUUGUUCCAGUGUGCUACUACCACCACUCGCGCCCUACUACCACCACUCAUGCCCUACUACUACCACUCGCGCCGUACACUGCAUCCUACCCUCCAUCUCGUUCUUCCUGUCUCGUCCCUCCUUCCACUCUUCUGGCGCUCUCCAGUGUCCUCCGCAUAUGUCUGAGCCACGCGUGUGCGCUAAGCACUGGUGGCUGCUGGGAUCAGGUGGGGGAGGGUACACCCGCCAUGGGUACACACCCGCACCUGCACCCGUACCCGUGUCUACGGGUACAUACCCGUGGCGGGUACGGGUACGGGUUGGCCUCGAGACACCCGCGGGUUUACCCGUGCGGAUCCCUAGCCUUGACUCCACUGUUGUAGAAUCAAGAAUCAAACUGGCCAGGACACAAUGUUGA